AUGGCCCCACGAUGACAUGGAAUUUUGAGAGCUUGAGAGAUGAAUGCAGCAAGCCAAUUUCAAUGACCUAAAAGUCGUAAUAAAUACAAAGGAAGUGGUCGCACUUCUUGUAGUUGUGGAUUCAGAAAUAUGGAUUGCUUGGUUCUCAUUAUGUGUCUGUACCUCCUCUGGGGCUUGUUCCAAGCUCUCUCCUUCGUCGCCAACAGGGGCCGAAGAGCUCGGCCCUCCAACCUCCCCCCUGGUCCGCGGCCUCUCCCGAUCAUCGGCAACCUCCUCGAGCUCGGAGAUCUUCCCCACAGGUCCCUAGCCAAGCUCGCCCGCACCUACGGCCCCAUCAUCAAACUGGAACUUGGCUUCGUGACUACGGUGGUGGUCUCUUCGCCGAUGCUCGCCAAAGAGAUCCUCCAGACCCACGACGCUGUCUUCUCGAAUCGCACGGUUCCCAAUUCCAUCACGGCCCAUGACCAUGACAAGCUAGGCUUGCCCUGGCUACCCGUUUCGCCUCUCUUCCAAAACCUCAGGAAAGUAUACAACUUGCAUAUCUUCUCCAGCAAAAAACUCGAUUUGAACCAACACCUUCGCAGCAAGAAAGUUCGAGAGCUGGUCGCCUUCGUGAGGAAAUGUGCAGAUGCUGGCGAGGCGGUGAAUGUCGGUGAGGCGGCUUUCAGGACCAGCCUUAACGUGGUAUCAAACACUCUUUUCUCUUUGGACAUGAUAGAACCUUUGAAUCCAGCUGGAGAGCUGAAGGAGGUGGUGUGGCAAAUUUUUUUUGAGAUUGGAAAGCCUAACCUGGUAGAUUACUUUCCCAUGCUCAAGAAGAUUGACCCGCACGGUUCGAAGCGUCACCUUGAGGCGCUUAUCCAGAAGUUGUUCGACUUUUUCGAUGGUGUGAUCCAGAGAAGGUUGCAGCUGAGGACAGAGAAGGGUUGCGUGAGGUGUAACGAUGUUUUGGAUUAUCUCCUUGAUUUGAUUGAAGAUAAAAAUGAGACCCUGGACAUCUCCCUAGUCAAGCAUCUAUUUCUGGACAUAAUCACCGGCGGUAGCGAAACCACUUCAAGCACUCUGGAGUGGGCAAUGACAGAACUACUUCGCAACCCAGAAAAGCUAUCAAGAGCCCAAGCUGAGCUCCAUCAAGUCAUUGGCAAAGGCAAGACGAUCGAAGAAGCCGAUAUUUCUCGCUUGCCCUAUUUAGAAGCUGUCUUGAAAGAGACUUUCCGGUUGCACCCAACGGCUCCUCUCCUUCUUCCUCGAAAAUCUGGGGAAGAUUUUCCUAUAGGCGGUUUCACCAUUCCAAAGGGUGCACAGGUUUUGCUAAAUGUGUUCGCGAUAGGACGAGAUCCGAGCAUUUGGGAUGAUCCAGACGAGUUCGUGCCCGACAGAUUUCUUGGAUCUGAUAUUGAUGUUAGGGCGAACUUUGAGCUGGUACCGUUUGGUGGUGGCAGGCGGAUUUGUCCGGUGCCAUUGGCCACGAGAAUGUUGCCUUUGAUGCUCAGUUCGCUCAUCAACAUAUUCAAUUGGAAGCUCGAAGAUGGUGUUAUCCCCGAGAACAUGAACAUGGAAGAAAAGUUCGGAUUAACCGUCCAAAAGGCUCAAUCCCUAAAAGCUGUGCCCAUUCCCAUAUGAAAGAAGAAAAAGAAAUGCAUGUUCGUGUUAGAUUCUACAUAAUUAUGAUUGGUUGUGAUGAUUGCAUCGUCUAUUUACAGAAAAAAAGCGCUAUUCAAUA